AUCAGGAACGUUUUCUCCUCUCUCUCUAUCUCUCUCUUCCCUUCUCUCUCUCUCUCUCUAAACUGCUAAAAAGAUCAGUGGAUCAGGUCCACGAAUUUUUCGAUGCCCAUGGAUCAAGCCGAGCUAACGACCGAGCAGGUCUUGAAGAGAGAUAUCCCAUGGGAGACAUACAUGACAACUAAGCUGAUCUCUGGAACAGGUCUUCAGCUGUUAAGACGUUAUGAUAACAGAGCAGAAAGUUACAGAGCAACACUGCUGGAUGAUGAUGGUCUGGCUUAUGUCCGUGUGUUUGUUAGCAUUUUACGUGACAUAUUCAAGGAAGAAACAGUGGAAUAUGUUCUAGCUUUAAUGGAUGAAAUGCUUACAGCAAACCCAAAAAGAGCCCGAUUAUUCCAUGACAAGUCUCUUUCCGACGAAGAUAUUUAUGAACCUUUCUUAAGGUUGCUCUGGAGAGGUAACUGGUUUAUACAGGAGAAGAGCUGUAAGAUUCUGUCCUUGAUAGUAAGCUAUAGGCCAAAAGUCCAGGAUGGUGUCACUGCAAAUGGAGAAACCUCAAAUUCAAAGAAAACGUCCACUACAAUUGAUGAUGUUAUGAAGGGACUGGUGGAAUGGCUUUGUGCACAGCUAAAGAAUCCUUCCCAUCCUAGUCGUGGCAUCCCAGUAGCUAUCAAUUGCCUGGCAACAUUAUUGAAGGAGCCUUUGGUCAGAGCUUCAUUUGUUCAAGCAGAUGGGGUGAAGCUGCUCAUCCCUUACAUUUCUCCAGCAUCAACUCAGCAGUCCAUCCAGCUCCUCUAUGAAACUUGUCUCUGUGUUUGGCUUCUGUCUUUCUAUGAGCCUGCACUUGAGUACUUCGCCACUUGUAGAAUCCUGCUGCGAUUAGUUGAAGUUGUUAAGGGUUCCAUGAAAGAGAAGGUUGUCCGGGUGGUUGUCUUGACCCUCAGAAACUUGCUUUCCAAAGAGACUUUUGGCGCUCAGAUGGUAGACCUCGAACUUCCUCAUAUUGUUCAGAGUUUGAAAGCACAAGCAUGGAGUGAUGAGGACUUGUUGGAUGCUCUGAAUCAACUGGAAGAUGGACUGAAAGAUAACAUCAAGAGAUUGAGUUCUUUUGAUAAGUAUAAGCAGGAAGUCCUUCUUGGCCACCUUGACUGGUCACCCAUGCACAAAGAUCCUGCAUUCUGGCGCGAUAAUAUAACAAAAUUUGAAGAGAAUGAUUUCCAGAUCCUAAGGGUCCUUAUUACAAUCUUGGACUCGUCCAGUAGUCCAAGAACGCUGGCGGUUGCUUGCUACGAUCUCUCACAGUUUAUUCAGUACCAUCCUGCUGGACGGGUCAUAGUGAACGACCUGAAGGCUAAGGAGCGGGUUAUGAAAUUGAUUAACCACCAGGAUGCAGAGGUCACCAAAAAUGCCUUACUCUGUGUCCAAAGGCUUUUCCUAGGUACCAAGUAUGCGAGCUUCUUGCAGGCUUAAUUAAUUUAUGGCAGUGUCUUGGCAUAUUUAAUAAAAAGGCUUCUAAAUGAGAAAAUGCCGAGUUGGCUGUGCUGUAGUUAUAUUCAAAUUCAUUUAUCAUGAGUUUUAUGUAUCAUCUCUCUUUUCCUUUAUUCUGUAUUUGUUGUGAAGAAUUAUUGAUUUUAUUGACUUGUAGAAUUAAAUAAAUGUCUGUGUUGUGUGUGUUUUCCAA